AUGGCUGCAGAAAAGAGCGAGAUCACACCUGCCGGCCAGGGUCCUUUGGACCAAAGCAGUAGCAGCGCUGCAAUUGACUCGGAGAGCAACCAAGAUGCCAUUUCAGCUCCAACAGAAGCUCUGCGCAAGCUCUGGACCAAGUUUCCGCUUACCUCGGCGUUUGUCGGCCUUUUCGUCAUGAACUUCUCUAUGAUCUUUGCUGCUUCUUCCGCCGGAGUUUACGAUCCGUACGCGACUAGUCAUUUCCAAGGUCAUUCGCUUAUUGCUACCGCGAACAUCAUCCAUGGCAUUGUUCGCAUUGUCACCUAUCCACUCGUGGCCAAGGUAGCGGAUCAUAUUGGACGACCGCAGGGAUUUGCUGGGGCUGCGAUUAGUAUGGCUCUGGCGAAUGUCCUCUAUGCGGCGUGCCGCAAUGUCGAGACAUAUCUUGCUGGCGGCAUCUUCGAAUCGUUCGGUGAUACAUGGUGGACAAUCACUGAGCAGAUCUUUAUUGCCGAGGUGACCUCCCUGAUCAACAGAGGUUUCCUCUUCACCCUCCCGCAAUCACUCGCUGCCAUACCGACUUUGUACGCCGGCACGUAUCUCGGUGAGCAUAUGCUGCUCAAGUCCUCGUGGCGCUGGGGCUUUGGCAUGUGGGCUGCAAUCAUGCCAUUCUGCGCACUGCCAACUAUUGCUAUUAUGCUGUUUAUGAAUUUCAGAGCGCGAAAGAAGGGUAUCGUGAGUAAGCGAACUUCAUUGCGAGCUGCCUCCGAAAUACCCAAGGGCGCUUCCUGGAUCGUCCAAGCUCGACAGGUACUCUAUGUCCAGUUGGAUAUCGUCGGCGCAUUCCUGUUACUUGGCGGCCUGUCCAUGACACUUCUUCCCCUGUCGAUAACUGGGAGACGCAAUACUGACAAGUGGACUGAGCCAUCGUCUAUUAUCUUGCUAGUAUUUGGCGUCUUGACAUUCGUUGCGUUCUUGAUCUGGGAUGGCCGGUAUGCAAAAAAGCCCAUCGUGCCUUUCCGCAUGAUCAAGAACCGCAACGUCAUACUCGCUUGUGCUUCGGUGUGCUUGAUCGCAAUGUCGGACUCGACGUACCGAACAUUUGCUUCAAGCUUCUUGCAGGUCGCCGGUGGCUAUUCUCCUGGCCAUGCAGUUCGUAUUGACAAUUCUCGGCGCGUUGCGUUGAACCUCGGAGGUCUUGUUAUUGGCUUGGGCAUUAGAUUUGUCAAGCACACCAAACCAUUCAUCAUUCUUGGCUGCUUGAUGGUUGCUUUAGCGAACGGACUUCCCAUUUUCUUUACAAACAUCGACGGAGCUCGAGUCGCAAAUGAAGCGUCACUGACCACGGGACAAGUCUUGCUUGGUCUUGGCCGUGGUUUCGCUCAGGUUCCACUCCAAGUCUCUCUACAAGCCGCUGUUCCAGACCAUGAAAUUGGUAUGGCAACCGCCAUGUUCCUUUCCUCAUCCGGAUUCGGUGCGAAUGUUGGUAAUAGUAUUGGAGGAGCAUUAUGGAACACCCUGCUUCCCCGCCGCCUCGCUGCAAACCUCCCAGAAAAAGUCAAGGCCAGCAGCACUGCAAUCUUCCGUUCGAUCGCAGUUGCACAGAGCUAUGAGUUGGGCACCGAGACUCGUGAUGCGAUCAACCUGAGCUAUCGCAUGACACAGCAGACCCUCGCCAUUGGAUCUCUAUCCCUGUCUAUUCCGCUGUUGUUGAUGAUGUUCUUCUUCCGAAAUGUCAAGCUAGCCAAGGAAGAUAACGAGAGGAACGAGAUUGCAGAGCAACAGCUUGCUGCAGCAGAGCAGAAAGUUGGUAAUGUACAAAAUGAGACGAGCGAGAAGAAGUAG